CGAAAGAAGGCGGAAGUGGAGCCGCCGGGUCUCGCGAGCUGGACAGCACCAGCGGGGAGAAAGCUGCUGCAGCGCGUGAUGUUGGACUUCCCUUUGAGAGCCACCUGCCACCAUGAAUUUACGACUCUUCAUAGUUGCUGGUCUCCUCGUGCACUGUGUGUUCUUGGCCUCUAUUUUUGACAUCUACUUCACUUCUCCUUUGGUUCAUGGCAUGACUCCUCACUAUAAUCCCUUGCCGCCACCUGCAAAACGACUAGUGCUCUUUGUUGCGGAUGGUCUGCGGGCAGACUCGUUAUAUGAAAUUGAGGAGGAUGGUAGUCCUAGAGCACCUUAUCUUAGGAGUGUUAUAGAGGACAAAGGGUGCUGGGGAAUAUCUCAUACCCGUGUCCCAACAGAGUCUAGACCAGGACAUGUUGCACUUAUAGCUGGAUUUUAUGAAGAUGUCAGUGCAGUUGCUAAAGGGUGGAAGGAGAACCCUGUGGAAUUUGAUUCAGUUUUCAAUGAAAGUAAAUAUACUUGGAGCUGGGGAAGCCCAGAUAUUUUGCCUAUGUUUGCCAAAGGUGCCAGCGGGGAUCAUGUUUAUACUUACUGUUACACAGCAGAGAAGGAAGACUUUGGAGCAGAAGAUGCAACGGUACUAGAUACCUGGGUUUUUGACAACGUUAAGAACUUCUUCUAUGCUGCCAGAAGUAAUCAAACCAUGUUUUCUAACGUAAAUGAGGAAAAAGUAAUUCUCUUCCUUCAUUUGUUAGGAAUAGAUACAAAUGGACAUGCUCAUCGGCCAAACUCAAGGGAAUAUAAAGAUAAUAUCAGAAAAGUAGAUGACGGCAUAAAAGAAAUCGUAUCUCUUCUUGAGGAUUUUUAUGGAAAUGAUGGGAAAACUGCCUUUAUUGUAACUUCUGAUCAUGGAAUGACAGAUUGGGGAUCUCAUGGGGCUGGCCAUCCCUCAGAGACUUUAACACCAUUGAUUGCUUGGGGAGCUGGAUUGAAUUAUCCCCAGAGCGUCGCAUCUCAAGCCUUUGAGGAUAAUUUUUUGAAAGAAUGGAAACUGGAGAACAGGAAGAGAGUGGAUGUCAACCAGGCUGAUAUAGCCCCGUUGAUGGCUUCUCUUAUUGGUGUUCCCUUUCCUUUAAAUUCUGUGGGAAUUCUGCCUCUGGAAUACUUGAACAACAGUGUUCAUUUUAAAGCUGAGAGCAUUUUUACAAAUGCUGUUCAGAUUCUUGAGCAGUUUAAGGUUAAAAUGACUCAGAAAAAGGAAUCCACAUUAUCAUUUCUAUUUACACCAUUUCAAUUACUUUCAGAUUCUGAACAGACUGACAUUUUAAGAAAAGCAAGAUCUUAUAUACAGCAGGGAAAAUAUAAUGAUGCGAUAUCUCUUUGCAAAACCUUAAUUAUCCUUGCUUUGGAAGGACUGUCAUAUUACCAUACUUACGACAGAUUGUUCCUGGGCAUAAGUAUUGCAAUCGGUUUUGUGGGCUGGACAUCCUAUGUGAUUUUGCUGAUUAUUAAGACGCAAACCAAUCUGAUGAGGACUGUCCAGAAUAAUAAGGCAUCUUCUGUUUUUGCAUAUGGCUUUUCAGCUGUUGGAAUAUUUAUGGCUUUUUUUCUGCUGAUUCAAGCAUAUCCUUGGACCUAUUACAUAUACUGUCUGUUACCAGUACCAGUUUGGUAUGCUGUUGUGAGAGAAUUCCCAGUGAUUCAAGAUCUUAUAACACUACUCUUGACAUUUCCUCUGCAUCAGUCUAUUGGAUUCCUAUUCAUUUGUGCUCUGGGAAUUGAAAUAUUAGUUUUCAGCUUCUUCUACCGUUCUACACUUACUGUUGGUCUCAUCAUUUUUGCUGGCUGGCCAGUGAUCACACAGCUAUGGGCUCAAGCAAAGAUAACAGCAGUAAGCUGGACUCUCUUAUGUUGGCUUCUGGCAAUGUUUCCCUUGAUGCCUGUUGUUGGAAGAGAACCAAAUAUUUCUCUUGUAACAGCAGCAGGUUUGUUGAUUCUCCUUAUAUCUAUCUCCUCUCUUCCAUCUCUUUGGAAAAGCAAAAAUAAAAAUGUGCAUCGCAAAGAUCUGGCAAUACUUCUUUUUCAGAUGCUGAGCAUAGCACUUUCAACUUAUGUUGUGAACACUACUCACAGCAGUCUUCAGCACAAGCAGGGGCUGCCUGUAAUUAAUCAAAUGGUCAGUUGGACAAUUCUAGCCUCCUCCUUGGUCGUGCCAUUAUUGAGCCCCACAUUUCUCUUCCAGCGAUUACUCAGCAUACUGCUCUCCUUGAUGUCAACCUAUCUGCUCCUCAGCACUGGAUAUGAAGCUCUCUUUCCAUUGGUGUUGUCUGGGUUGAUGUUUGCAUGGAUAAAUAUGGAACAAGAAGCCCUACAGUACUAUGGUCUUUCACUCAAACCAAAGCUGGCUAUUUUGAACUUCUCCUAUAGUACUGAUAUAACUCAGUUUCGACAACUCCACCUGGAUGACACCCGCAGGUCUUUUUUCUUUGUUUUCUUCAUUGUGACAGCCUUUUUUGGUACUGGAAACAUAGCUUCUGUCAACAGUUUUGACCCAGCUUCUGUAUAUUGCUUCCUGACAGUAUUCAGUCCCUUUAUGAUGGGAGGCUUGCUGGUGUUGAAGGUUAUAAUCCCUUUUGUUCUUGUGUCUUGUGCUUUUGAAGCUGUUCAAGUCACAACACAGCUAUCUUCUAAAAGCCUUUUCCUCAUUGUUCUUGUCAUUUCAGACAUUAUGGCUUUGCACUUUUUCUUUUUGGUUAAAGAUUAUGGAAGUUGGCUGGAUAUUGGAACAAGCAUUAGCCACUUUGUCCUUGUGAUGUCUUUUACCAUCUUCAUGAUGCUGCUGAACGGAUUGGCUCAACUGCUAACAACAAAGAGAAUUGAACUUUGGGGGGUGACUAAAUACCACACCACGUAACAGAGCUAGAAAUACUGCUGCUGCUGUUUUUGAGUCUUCAGCCAGUCAUCAGCUGUGGAACAUAAAUUUGGGUAAAGUGAAGUGCCAAAGACCCAUCAAAGGUACCUCCUGCUAUCAAUGACAGGAAUCAAAUAAAUAUCUGUACUCCUGUGACUGAAAUUGGCAUGUAGGUAAAUAAGUCUCAGUUUUGUACUACUUACAUGUACAUAUAUUUUUGCAAAUAAAAACUUAA